GGCCCAAUGGGCGGCUGCGCCGUGGCGGACACGGGGUGCGCGCGCUGGCGGGCGACCCGCGGCCCAGCUCAGUCACGGCCAUGGAGUCGUCCGCAGCCCGCCUGCUGCCGCUGCUGCUGCUGAUCUGGGCCUGGGCCCCGGCGCCGAGCCGCGCCUCCGCGGAGGCGCCGCCGCUGAUCAACGAGGACGUGAAGCGCACCGUGGACCUGAGCAGCCACUUGGCCAAGGUGACGGCCGAGGUGGUCCUGGCGCAUGCGGGCGGUAGCUCCUCGUCCCGCGUCGCCUCCUUCCUGCUGGCUCUGGAGCCCGAGCUCGAGGCCCGGCUGGCGUACCUCGGCGUGCAGGUGAAGGGAGAGGAUGAGGAAGAGAACAAUCUGGAAGUACGAGAAACCAAAAUUCAGGGUAAAAGGUAA